AUGGAAGCCUGGCUAAGAGACCAAGGCUUUCCCUGUGGCUUGCAGGGCAAUGAGGCCGAUGGUGUGGAUGGGGUCAUUCACAGCGCCACGCGGCUGGCCCUGCAGCUCUUCUUGAACUCUGAACGGGCGGGGCAAAUCGACAAGGCACACGCCUAUCCGCCCUAUCCGCCCUAUCCCAUCUCCCCCAUGUAUCCUGGCCCCGGAGUCCCUGGCCCGGGCCCGGGUUUUACAGUGGAGCAUUCCAUGCCUUCGGUGGUGCGACCGCCUCCUUCACAUUGGGGCCCUAGACCUGCAGCACCUGCUGGAUUCGCAGCGGGACCAGGAGGGCUUCGAGCAGCAGGGCUUCCAACAGCAGGGCCUCCAGCGAGCAGGGUAAUGUUGAAGCAAGCAGAUGGCUUUCCAGAAGUUCGGGUCUAUGCAACACCUUUAGCGUCAACCGGGCAUGUAGGUACCAUUCCAAGUGGAACUUUGGUGGACUUGCUUGGUCAGCAGGGCAACUGGCGACAGGUGUGCUACGGCAAUUUGCGUGGCUGGGUGGGGGCCAAGCAUGUUGGCCACCUACCUUCGCCCGGCCCUGGCCACCCUGGGGUUCCCCCUGAAGGGGCUGGGCAUCCGGUGUCGAGCUUGGGCAGUAGAUCUAGAGAGCAACCGGCAGGGUCUCCACCAGCUCCAUCCACUGGUGUCACCGCGGCGCCGUUAGCUCGACCCCUGCCGAGCUAUUCCUCCGAGGACGCGGCCGGUGCCUUGCCGAGGAUCAAAGGGAGCUUCGCCUGGAUACGGCACGACAACAAGGAUCCAGACCGUCAGCGACGCCUCGGGGCAGUUCGUCAGACGAUCGCUGCAUGCGAUGCUGGAGGUUACUCUUUGGACGGACAAACCAUCCGGUUGACCUUCAUCAAAGAGAUGUGCGAAGGAACGCAGAUCGUGAAGGGAACUCUGCCAGCAGGGCCAGCAGCUACUACUUGGCAUCAUCAUCCACCAGGAAUAUUGUUAGAUGUUGCAUGCGAGAGGGUCCGGAACAACUUUCCGACGGUGUGCAUCAAUGCAGCUUCUGCUUAUCAAAGUGGGGGAGGCUUUCUGACCGGUGGCCGACAUGCUCUUGAAGAGUCCAUUUGUGUCCGUUCCACCUUCUUCAAGUCCCUUUCUGUGGCCACAGAGCUGGCGGAGCUCGAGGGAUGUCGACCUUCGCUUCACUGUCAGCCUCCGCAGAAAGGACCCGGGAGACCGUGGAGUUGCCAUAUUCCGGAAACUGGUUGCAUCAUCAGCCCCAAUGUGGAAGUCUUUCGUGGUGGCACCAACGUGGGCUAUCCAUUCCUUCCAGAGGUGGUAAAAGUGCCCAUCGUCAGUGUGGCAAUGCCGAAUAAGAACACUGGGGUUAAAGAUGCGCCCAUCGAUGCGCCCAAAGAUCCAAAGGUGUACCGGGAAGUGGUGCUGAAGAAGUUUGACACCAUGCUGGCAGCUGCUUAUGAAGUGUUGGGACGUCCAGGAGUCUUGGUGAUUCCCGACCUGGGCUGCGGUGCCUACAACAACGACCCGGAAGAAGUGGGUCGCCUCCUAUGGGAGGCGUUGCAGAAGUACCGCGGGCAUUUUCUGCAAGUGCACUUGGUGGGACCAGAGACAUUUUGCCAGGCUGUGUCGCUUGGCGCCUGA